GCAAAGAGACGGUCAUAGGCCAGCCUUAGCAGUACAGCAAAAAUGUGACUUCAUUAGUUUAGUGGUCACAGACCUCAGAACAUCCACACUGAGCCUGCAAUCAUGAGGUCAGUGUUCGUGGGGUUGGUGCUGUUUGCUCUCGUUCCUCUGAAUGAUGCCGCCUGCUUCAUGGCGUUGCUGAAAGGAGGCGCCACUCAUUGUCAGGACCUCUUAGAUAAGACCUGGCAUCCUGUGGGAUCCUCCUGGACCAACAGCAAAUGUGAUCAGUGUGACUGCAGUGCUGAUGGAAUGCGCUGCUGUAAUGGAAUGCCAACGGUGCACGUUACAGGUGACUGCACAGUGGUAUACGAUUAUGACACCUGUACAUUUGAUGUCAUUCCUAAGAAAAACGGCACAGUUCCAUGCACUGCCAUGAGCUCUGGAAAGUGAAAUAAAGUGAAAUUGGUGUAAAGAAAAGAAAGCCGAAUUCAGUAAUUCUACAUGUGAGAUAAAUUUAACCAAAACAUUCUUAAUAAUGAAGGUUGAUAACUGAUACUGAGUUAUUUCUAGCUAGCUGGGAAAACUGUAUAGCUAAACUGCCUUAAAGAUGUGUACUACAAUCUUUAGGACCUUAAUAAUGAUGGUGGAUUUGUGGCAUAUUAAAGAAAAUAUUUCUAUUCUG